GCUCGACCGGUGCUAGAAUUAGCCUCCUGUCUUCGAUCCUCAUACUUUUCUCGCUGAAAUGGAGUACGAGAAAUUGACCCUGAAACCUCCGACUUAUGGGAACCUUAUUACUGUUCUCAGCAUCGACGGAGGCGGCAUAAGGGGAAUGAUUCCAGGAGUCAUCCUAGCUUGCCUGGAAUCUGAGUUACAGAAGUUGGACGGCGAGGAUGCAAGGAUCGCGGAUUACUUCGACGUCAUAGCAGGAACAAGCACCGGUGGACUUCUGGCUGCCAUGCUGACAGCACCAAACGGCAAAAACCGUCCCCUGUUCGCCGCCAACGACAUCAAAUCCUUUUAUUUAGACAAUGGCCCCAAAAUAUUCCCACAAAAAAGCUGCUUGUUUUCCUCCAUUAUGCAAUCGGCAAAGCUUGUGUUUGGGCCAAAAUAUGACGGCAAGUAUCUGCACAACCUUCUGAGGGCAAAGCUUGGAAAUCUGCGGCUACAUCAGACUUUGACCAAUGUUGUUAUUCCGACCUUCGAUGUUAAGCAGCUCCAGCCUGUCAUCUUCUCCAGCUUUGAGGUGAAAAGGAGGACAAGACUCAAUGCUAUAAUUUCAGAUAUCUGCAUCGGUACUUCAGCAGCGCCGACUUACUUGCCGGCCCACUUCUUUCAAACUUCAGACUCUACAGGUGCGCGGAGGGACUUCAAUCUCAUCGACGGCGGUAUGGCGGCUAAUAAUCCGACUCUGAUUGCUGUCAGCGAAGUGACAAAAGAGAUCACCAGGGGAUCCCCGGCUUUCAACUCCAUAAAUGCAUCGGAAUUUGGCCGGUUUUUGGUGAUAUCCUUGGGAACUGGAUCGGCGAAGGUCGAGGAGAAGUAUGAGGCCAAGUCAGUGGCCAGAUGGGGUGUCUUUAAUUGGUUGAUGGGAGGCAAUUCGGUUCCUUUAGUGGAUGUGUUCAUGCAAGGAAGCGCGGACAUGGUUGAUUUUCACCUUUCUGUGGUUUUCAAAUCCCUUAAUUGCGAAAGUAACUAUCUCAGGAUUCAGGAUGACACAUUGAGAGGGACGGUAUCGACAGUCGACACUUCUACAAAGGAGAAUCUGAACAAUCUUGUCAAGGUCGGCGAGGAGUUGUUGAAGAAGCCGGUUUCGAAGGUGAACCUGGAGACCGGUAACUUGGAGCCUUCAAAACUGGAGACUAAUGAACAGGCUCUGAAAAGGUUCGCAAAGCUGCUUGUGGAAGAGAAGCGCGGCCGUCACGCCAAUCAUUCCAAAACUCUGUCAAGCAAAGCAUAGUAUAAAGCUUCAAAGCAGCUCCUACAUCACGUAGAACGUCGUCCACAAUGUGUGAAAUCAGGGAAAUCCCUGCCCUAUGAAUAAGAACCUGGUCGGUCUGAAAGAAUUUCCCGUACUUGCAUUUACUUCCUUCUAGAUUUAAUGUUCUCCGUCCUUGUUACGCAAAUUCUAUUUAUGUUCGAAUCGCCACUGAGCCGAUUCAA